AUGAUUCGUACUUUAUCUACGGCAACAGCCAAUAGUUCAUGUACAUCUAAUGAACCUAAAAUACCACCUUCAUCAACUCGUACACGUCGUUUUACUCUUCAUUCAUUAGCAACACGUUUAUCGGAUUCAAAAAAAAAUUUUCUCGAACAAAUUCCUCAUCAUCAACAACAAUUAACACGCUUUAGAAAACGUGCUAGAAGUUUUUUAACAUCAACAUUAAAUGAUCAUUCAACACAUAGUCGUUCAUUUUCAUCGGACGAACGACAUUCUUCUCCUGGGAUUAUUAGUGUCGAUGAAAUUUACCGACGUCUUAGUUCGACACAAGCACAUCAGAGACAUGACUUUGCUAUUGGUAUUCCAGCCCCUAAACUUCUUCAUCCAUCAACACUAAUCAAUGAAGAACAAUCCAAACAAAUUUUACUUGAAUUACCAGCUCGUGUACAUGCUCUCAAUUGGUGUUUGAUAUUUAGUACAGAAACACAUGGAUUUAGUUUAAACCAAUUAUAUCGACGAUCAUUAGAAAUUGAUCAUGAUUCACCAGCGUUAUUGAUUAUAAAAGAUAUUGAACAAAAUAUAUUUGGUGCUUUUACAUCUCAUCAAUUAAUGGUUAGUGAAGGCUUUUAUGGUACUGGAGAAUCAUUUCUCUUUACACUUCAUCCUGAAUUUCGAGUGUUUAAUUGGUCAGGUUAUAAUGAAUUUUUUGUCAAAGGUGAUCUUCAUUCCAUUGGUUUUGGAAGUGGAGAAGGUACAUAUGGUUUAUGGCUUGAUGCUGAUUUAUAUCAUGGUCGUACUUGUUCAACUAAAACCUUCAAUAAUGAAAGAUUAACAACAAAUGAAGAUUUUAUAAUUGCGAGUAUUGAACUUUGGACAUUUAUUGAUUAA